CAGCCCGUAUGAAUAAUUGUGUACGAAGUGAAUGAAUCGAUGCGGCGGCGGCGCGAGAGCGGCGGGGAGGCGGGCGGCGGUGGCCGCUGCGUGGAGGGGUGCGCCGCGACGCGGCAGUCUCGUGCCGGUAGUCGGUAGUGCAACCGAGCGACUCCGGGAGCCGUCCCCGUCGCGUCGUCGCUCGUUCGUAGUCGUAGUGCGUCCGCCGGCCCGCCCCACGCCGCCGGCGUUCGAGUCCAUGGAAACCCAAAAUCAGGAUGUGGCCCACAGCCCCGCCGAGGUGCCCAACGACCCGGGGAAGAUGUUCGUCGGAGGUCUCAGCUGGCAGACUAGUCCAGAAAGCCUUCGAGACUACUUUAACAAAUUCGGCGAAAUCACCGAGGUUAUGGUUAUGAAGGAUCCCACAACGAGGCGGUCGAGGGGCUUUGGGUUUAUCACAUUCGGCGACCCCGCUAGCGUAGACAAAGUUUUAGCGCAAGCAACACACGAAUUAGAUGGUAAAAAGAUUGACCCCAAAGUGGCCUUUCCCAGAAGAGCACAUCCAAAGAUGGUGACCAGAACAAAGAAAAUCUUCGUUGGAGGGCUAUCAGCACCCACAACGCUGGAAGAUGUAAAGAAUUACUUCGAACAGUUUGGACCGAUCGAGGACGCCAUGUUAAUGUUCGACAAACAAACUAAUAGGCACAGAGGUUUUGGUUUCGUCACAUUUCAAAGCGAAGAUAUAGUAGACAAAGUGUGCGAAAUUCAUUUUCACGAAAUCAACAACAAAAUGGUGGAAUGCAAAAAAGCACAACCGAAAGAAGUCAUGCUACCAGCUAACUUGGCAAAGACGAGAGCCGCCGGACGCGGCGCCUACGAUUUCAUGUGGUCAUUGGGUGCUCUUCCUGACGGUUUCCCCGCAGCGUACGCCGCCUACGCGGCAGGACGUAGCUAUUCGGGCUAUCCUAGCUUCGGGCUGCCAUACCCCGCAGUGGACCUGACCAACGGCCAACUCACACCGAAUAACAACACACCGCUGCUCGCGCAGGCGCUCUCAGUGAUGAACAACUAUCAGGCCGCUGCAGCCGGGUUUGGGCCGCCUGCCUCACCGCAUACAGCGGGUGGCCGAGCGGGGUUCCCAACUGCUAGCUCACCGGGCCCAGCACUUGAUGUAUACGGGUCUGCAGCGGACAGCGUCGGCUACGUGCAGGCAGCUAGCCCUCAGCCCUCUGGAUUCCCCGCCAUUGCAGUCAGCCGUGCGCCCCUCAAUUACACCCCAGGACCCUUGAUUCCUGCGGCUUUCACCAACGGUUAUCAUUGAAAGUGUUAUAGCACAAAUAUUUAACGUGGCGAGCGGCGUGGCGGCGCGUGAUUUACCAUCGUAGUCCCUACAAUUCGCAACUUUCAUCAACUGGCCGCACACGCGCCUACGCAUCCACAGCGGCCGCAAUCCAACUUCCGCGCACGCCGCGCCACGCGCCGCAUCGGCGACGGUCGUCUAAUCCGUCCGGCCACCGCGCGGACCGAUCCGUCGACCGCGGCAUCUCAACCUCACCGUACCCUCACCACCACAAAUCCCAACUCUCCCAACCCCACGACCCGACCUUACUCUCCCCUAACCCCGACACCUUGUCUAUUGUAAAUAAUGAUAAUACUUUUUGUCGUGUGAACGAGAGAUAGUCUAUUGAUUAAACAGGUAUUUUUUCAAAUUAUUCUCGCUUCGACUGUACUGUAGAUGUGUUGUCAAUAAUAAAUAAUUAAACUACAAAAAAAAAAUACAAUUCGUAAUAUAUAAAUGCAUCUAGACGUUUUCAUUGCAGGGAGGUAUAUCUUAAAAUAUUUUAUUAUUCAUAGUUAAAUUACAGUUUAAGAUGUAACUUGCAUGUCUACUUUUCCAUUCGCCUAUUUUUUAUGUUAUGGAUAGGGGAUCGGUUCCGUGGCAUACAAGAAUCGCAUCCGAUGUUCAACAAUUUCGCGUACUAAGAUUUUUCGGUAGUAAGCUUUUAUAUUUAAGAGUUUUAAGCGUCAGUAGGAACAGAGUAUCGGGCCGAGAUGCAUUCGCAAUAGGCUUGUCCCCCUCGUGUUCCGCGUGUAUAGAGUUGAGUUUGUCGGUAGCGGUAUAGGUUGGUAGGGGCCGGGAUGCGCUGGCGACCCGGCCGGAGACAAUAACGCGGUUUGCGACCGCGCGUUUGCCGCGCGCUAUCUCGCUCGUCCACCAACACAUAUUUUAUUCUAUCUAUUUUUAAUAUUAAUGUCAAAUAUUAACAUAAUUACUAUACUAAUACAUAUUGCGCAUAUUUUACCUAUGAAUGUAAUUAAUUUUCGCCUAAUUCGAAUUGUAUAAAAUCACCUCGGCUAUUCUGUUUCCGUAGAGAAAAUUUCUGGAUUACUUCCCUAUAAGACUAUGUUAGUUAUGCGUAUACAUACUUUCUUAUUAAUUAUAUGUAUUAUGGUAUAAAAUUUUAUCCUAAGGAUAACAUGAUCAUAUUUACGAUUCAUAAGGACAUUUGAAAAGCUAAGUCGGAACAUUUCAGGAUAAAUAUCUCUCAUCGCAUUAAGAUAAUAACUCGUUUCUAUCUUGUACCUUUGAAAGUAGGUAUUGUAAUUAUAAUAAAAUAACAAUUUUGUGCAUUACGUAAUUAAUAUCUCAUUGUUUCUUACGAUUGUAUUUACCUUAAUAUAAGACCACUGUUGAAUAUAUUUGCGGCUCCAAUAGAAACGCGGAGUCACACAGUACUUAGUCGUAUUUAAAGUUUUAAUCAAAAUAAUAAUUUUAAACAAUAAAAUUUUCAUACAGAAUAGACCGUAAAAUCACACGAUUUGAACUCUUCAAUAAACCAAAGACAGGGAUAUAUAAAAAGCCACACCAAAGUGCGCAGGUUUGAGGUAAUAGAGUAAAAUAUAAAGUCAAUUCAUUAAUCAUAUUCGUUAGGUACUGGAAAAAUUUUUGAAGAACACCUUGUCUAGUUUGCAACAGUAAGCAGUAAGACACGCAAGUGAAGCGCGUCCAUGAGAUCGAAGUGAUGGCCAGCCUCUAACGGAGCGGUCUGCGCUAAGCCUGCGUCUCUCACUACACACGUGCACUCGAUUGCAAUCAUUCGUUGUUUACUAUUAUUAUUACUCAUUACCGACAUCAAUUAAACAUUAAUAUUAUAAAUCUAGGUAUUAAAUUUUAGGUAAUAAUAAUGAACAAUCUUUUAAAUGCUAUAAUUAUAUAAAUACGUUAUAAAUAUAAAUGUUUCCUGUUACAAAAAUAUUGAAAAUGAUACGAAAUAAAUCAAUAUUCUUUUUAAAGGUAAUUUAUUACUUACGAGUAUGUAGUUAAUUGAAUAAUGGAGUGUUAAAAGGAGCGUGCCAGUCGCCGGGCGGUACGCUCGCUUCGCGUUUUUUUGUUCAUUCGUGCCGAAACAUCGUUCGCUACGUGAGCCCGUGCGCGCCCGCGAGCUGCGGCCACGCCGCGCCCGCGGGUUGCGCUGCGCACAUCCUGCAGGAGACGCGACCGCUAUUAUGUUGUUAAACGUUAGCUAGGAAAUUGAUAAUAAAAUCGAAGGUGUGAGUCUAUAUAAGACGGUCGGAAAAUCGAUAUCAUACCUAACAAAUUAACGUAAUUAUUUGUUUUAUAUUUACGGUGUUAUAGGUAUUUAAGACAUUUUUCUUAGAAUAUUUAAUUAUUACGAUGAAAUGUUAUAAUUGUUAGGCCCAAGCCGACGGCGGAGCGACGCGCGCGCACCGUACCGCCGUCGACUGUCUCAUUCACUCAUACAUCCUCACUAUAAUUAUAUUUUCUUACCGACCUUUUUAAAGUAGGAAAAGCGUACACGGCCGCUUAUCCCCGUGCGAGUUCGAGUACAAACAUACAUACAUAAUAUAGUGAGAGACAUUCGUUUCGCUCGUUCGUGAGAAGCCAUCGGUUCGCCGCGACUGCACCGAGACGACACAUAAUGACAAAUACUAUUGUAAAUACAUAGUUAGCCGCAUGUAAAAAAGACGUAUUAGUCGAUACUCGAGACCAUCUGAUCGAUUCUAUUAGACUCAUUCGAGCUACAAUCAGGAUUAGCUUUAUACAGAUUAGUUUCAUUGUUGUUGUUAUAGUUUGUUAAUACGGUUUUUGAGCUUGUUUCGUUAGUCUCUUUAGGACUUUCACGCGGGUCAUCAUAUAUAAUUUUGUUAAAAUGCUUCGAAAAUUAAAUAAUUUAUACGAUAUGCUUCAAAGAAGGAUAUAAUUAAACAUUCGAUUGCCAAUCAAAUUGCAAUAAUUUAAAUGUUAUUUAAUUUUUAAAGCAAAAGCUGUAUAAUUAUGACCAAAAAGUACUUUAAAAAUGAAUAGUGUUACUUGCUAGUGGACUAUAAUGGCCCGCGUGUAAGGUCACUUGCGGCUCGGUGUGUGUUAGGAAUAAAAUUGACGAAUCAUGUUGUCUUAAAGCGAUCGCUUUGAAAUAACUUAUGGUUCUUAUUCGAGGAUAUUGCGUGAUUACUCGCAUUAAAAAUAAUAUCACUUGUGCAGUUUUUAAAGCGACAAGGCAUUCAAUAAUUUAGAAAGUUUUAGAAAAUACACGAACACAACCAGUCAAUUGUUAAGUAAUGCGUAUCAUAGAGUUUAGUUCCAAGAAUAAAAGCCAUGAUUUAUCAUUGAAAUCGAUCAAUAAGUUUUGAUACUCACCGCCGCAGCCGCCUUAUUCUCGCUUGUUCGUUUAACGCAUUAGUUAAUUUCAGUCGCCAUUUUAGAAAUGUUUCUAUAUCAAAAUAAAGACUACGUAAUAAUAUUUAAUAAGCGAGAUCUCAAAUUUAUUUUAAAAAUUCGUUAUGUGAUCCUAUUACUGCGACUUAUCGUAUAAUAUCUAUCUAAGUAAAGAUUAAAAAAAAUAAUUUAUUAUAUUUUGUAUAAUAACAUUCUACAUUACUUUACACUAUCUACUUUAUAUCGUUAAUAAAGAUAAUAAUUAAUUUUAAUCUAAUAAAGUGACAGACUGGUAAAGUUCGUAGAGUCGCCGAGGCGGCCUUAGAUCAGUAGCUUUGCAUAUUCGGCAAUGGCCAACUUAAUGUUUCAAGGACCAAAGGUAUAGUUAUUCGCGUAGAACCGGACGCGCAUUGGCUCCACACGAAUCGACUUGAACCAAUCGGUUGUAUCAUGCAGCAUCAGAGCGUGUCUGUGAGAGUAGCAAUUGAGAAUCAGAGGCGGGCUGAGGCGGCCGCCGCUGCGCCCGCGUGGUGCGGCGGUGCGGGCGACCGCCGGCGCUCACGCAACUCGCUCCCGACAUCAACGGCAUCCCUCCCGCCCCCGCGCAACGCCGCCCGCUUGGUUUCGUUCUCGCGGUUACUUCUCGAUUACGUGCUUCGCGUGCUGACUGAUUUUCUAUAGCAAUAAAAAUCAAUUACCUAAGAUUUUAAAGUAAAUUUGGAUUUAUAUACGUUCGAAUUUGGUGUCAUGUACAUUUAAAAUAUUAGAGAAAGGAGAUAACGAUAGGCGAACGAUCCGCGACGCAGUUCGUCGCGGGAUCGGCGCAUUAUUUUCGUCAUUUCUUCGUGUAAUGUUACAUGAAUCUGUAUACAAUAUGGAUAUAAAUCGUAUUGAUGAAUAAAUUAGUUUUUAUGGCAUCUCUUUAUUAAAAUAAUGAUAAUAUCAAACAUUUUGUAAAAAGCGGCGAGUAUGCCCGUCGCCCCGAUUUCGUGCACCAGUGCACUUUAACUUAUUGGAAUAUUACAUUAUUAUAACGUACAUAAUACUAUGAGAUAUAUAAUCAUACAGCCUCUUGGGGCGCGCGUGUAUGGCGAUGUAUGUAUACACAUUGUGCAAUGUACAUAUACCUAUUAUAAUACAAUGAUUUAAGACAAGGUUCACAUCGUGCCGUGUGUAUGUGGUAAUAAAUAUAAUAUGGACAUUGUUCAAACAAUAA